AUGACCAUUCUGUCACUGGCCGCCGCGGAUAUUUGCAUCGCUUUGUUUGUCAUUCCAGGCAUGGUUUCUGCGCAGUUCUCAGAGAGAUAUAUGGUGAAUAUUAUCUGCAAGAUUUGUCACUACGCCUCUCACGUGUCUAUGUCCGCGGCAUCUUUGUCACUGGUGGCUGUGGCAGGAGACAGACUGAAGGCUAUCGCCCUGCCCUUCAAACCGAAGAUGACGAUGGGAGAAGUUGGUAUAGUAGUGGCAGUGGUGUGGAUUCUGUCAUGCGCUUACGGAUUUCGUGUCCCCUUCCUGUUUGAAAUUACGCCCGUCCUCGUGCAGGACGAUUAUGGUCAGGUCGUCAGCCGAAUGAUAUGUAGUGUCCCCGUCGCUGAUUCUCAGAGGAACGCUCCUUUAGUCGUCCUGGAUUUUAUCAUCGUUUUUGCCCUGCCCGCCAUCACCAUCGCCAUAUCCUACAUAUCUCUUCUUUAUUUCCUUUCAAAAAACUCGAUGCAAAUGGGUGGAAAGGUGUCUGGUGCGAAGAAGAACAAGAAAGCUCUUCGUCUGUCCAUCUUCAUGAUAGCCAUGUUUAUAUUUUGUCACAUGCCCGUUCACACGUUCAGGCUUUAUCUGUCACGUGACCACGCCAUCAUCCCGGAAUCGUUUGACCUGAUUCGCGCUUUUGACAUCAUGUCCAUCUUAAACGGUGUGCUAAACCCGAUUGUGUACGGAUUUUUGAACAAACAAAUACGAGAUGCCUUCUUAGAGUUGGUCGGAAGAAACGGUCAACGUCCGAGUCACACUGCUCACAACCGUGUCCAUCCAACUGGACUAACUGACGUCGACGCCUCAAAAAUAGCAACGAUCAUAGCGAGUCACACCCAAUAA